AUGUCGUUUUUCUCCCCCUUCCCAAACCAGCACGGCUCGUCAUCGGCCUCCACCUCGCGACGCACCGCUCCAUCAUCAUCCCGGUCCUACUCAUCGUCUGCCAGACCCCCUCCCCUUCCAUCGACGCCCAACGCCACCGCUCUCUCCUCCUCCAACAAUAACGCCCCCCAUCGCUACCACUACGACUACGAUUACCAGCAGCCGUCUACACGUGAUAACGCCGCCGCCGGGGACGACGACUCCAACUACCGUUCUGCCCACCACCACAGUCGCGUCUCUUCUACUUCGGCUGCUGCUGCUGCUGCUGCUGCUGCUGCUGCUGCACGCCACGACUACCCCGACGACGACGCCAACGACUAUGCUUCGGGCACCGCCCACGUAGCCCGCCACCACUCCUCCAGCAGCAGGCGCGACACCAGCCGCGAUCGUCAGAUCCCCGUCAGGGGUCCUCCGCCCCCCUCGUCCUCGUCCGCGCCCCCCCAACAACCCUCCGACGGUUCCCCCGUCGCCUCCCGACCCCACAGACGGACGAGCAGCCGCACCAGCAGCGCCAACCCUCACGCUGCUGGUCAUCAUCGGAGCCAAUCGUCUAGCCGUCCCGACACCCACCACCGUAGCCAGAGCCAGCAGAGGCACCAACAUCGAUCCGACAUGCCUUCUGCAGACCGUGGUGACGCAGCCGGCCCUGCUGCCGGCCCUGGUACUGCCAACGUCCCCCCUCCCGCUCCUUCAGCUGCCGAUGCCAACCAGCAUUCGUCCCCCAAGCAGUCGAAAUCCAGGACUACCAUCCCUACACAGUCGGGAAAAUGGAUUCUGGGCAAGACAAUCGGUGCUGGUAGCAUGGGCAAGGUCAAGCUGGCGAGAAAAGAAGAGAGUGGCGAGCAGGUCGCCUGCAAAAUCAUCCCUCGUGGCUCCACCGACGACGGCCACCUGAGCCGCGCCGACAAGGAGAGGGCCGACAACUCCAAGGAGAUUCGCACCUCGCGCGAGGCCGCCAUCGUCACCCUCCUCAAUCACCCCCACAUCUGCGGCCUCCGCGACGUGGUUCGCACAAACUACCACUGGUACAUGCUCUUCGAAUACGUCAACGGUGGCCAGAUGCUCGACUACAUCAUCUCCCACGGCAAGCUCAAGGAGAAGCAGGCCCGCAAGUUCUCGCGCCAGAUUGCCAGCGCCCUCGACUACUGCCACCGCAACAGCAUCGUCCACCGCGACCUCAAGAUUGAGAACAUUCUCAUCAGUAAGAAUGGUGAUAUCAAGAUCAUCGACUUUGGCCUCAGCAACCUCUUCGCACCCCGGGGACACCUCAAGACCUUCUGCGGCAGCCUCUACUUUGCCGCACCCGAGCUCCUGCAGGCCAGGGCGUACACGGGCCCCGAGGUCGAUGUCUGGUCUUUUGGAAUCGUCCUCUACGUCCUCGUCUGCGGCAGGGUACCCUUUGACGAUCAGAAUAUGCCCGCCCUCCACGCCAAGAUCAAGAAGGGCAUCGUGGUCUAUCCUAGCUGGGUCUCGAGUGAAUGCAAGCAUCUCAUAUCGCGAAUGCUCGUCACCGAUCCCAAGCAACGAGCCACCAUGCAAGAGGUCAUGUUCCACCCGUGGAUGACGAAAGGUUUCAACGGCCCUCCUGACAACUACCUCCCUGUUCGCGAGCCUCUGAUACCUCCCCUGGAGCCCGAGGUCAUCCAUGCCAUGCAGGGGUUCAACUUCGGCUCCCCGGAGACGAUACGUGCCCAGCUCCUCCGCACCGUUGAGUCCGACGAUUACCAGCGCGCCAUCAGGCUGUACCUGCGCGAGAGGGAGGCCCCUCAGCCUGCCAAGGAGGCCGAGAAGAAGCGCGGCUUCGGCCUCGACUUCUACAAGCGGAGGAGCUCGCAGAACAGCCGGGACACCUUGACGAUGCCCAGCUCCGAGGCGCUCCAGCUGGGCACCGACCCCAUGAACGCCUUCAACCCACUCCUCUCCAUCUACUACUUGGUCAGGGAGAAGCAGGAGCGUGAGCGCACAGACGUGGUGCCGCCCCCGACUGCAGUGGCACGCGAGAAGGAGAGGGAGAAGGAGCGUGAGCGUGAGCGUGAACGUGAGCGUGAGCGUGAGCGUGAGCGUGAUCGUGAUCGUGAUCGUGAUCGCGAACGCGAGCGCCAGAAAGAGAGGGACGCCGAGAUCAUGCCCAAGUUGGCACCGCCUCCCUCGGCUCUCACCAACUCGGCAGCCUACGAGAUGCCGGGCGAGAAGCCCACCGGUGGGCGCACCCGCCCUCGCGCCCGCACCCACGGCGAGGAGGACGCCCCGGAGAACAUCAAGGGAGGUCACCUGGCUCCUCCCGAGCCCAGGUCCGACAAGAAGGAGGGUGCUGCUGCAGGUCUCCUACGGCGGUUCAGCACGCGCAAGCGCAGGGACCCCGAGCGCGUCGAGAGGGACCGGUCACACCCUCCCGUGGUGCAGGUCCACACGCCGCCCGGCAACGCUGCGCUGACUCCGAGGAAGAGCUUCAGUGUGCGGCGCGGGCGGCGCGAGCGGGACGGCACCGAGCAGUCGCCUCUCCGGUCCGGAAGCAGCCAGCCGCAUCACCGAGAGCUGCUGAGCCCUCCCCAGUCGUCGGGCGGCCCCAGGGACUCGCGCAGGGGCAGCGGCCUGGGCAGGUCGACGAGCGUCAACUCGGCCGAUGUGCGGCGCCACCAGUCUACGCGCCUGUCCAAGGAGCCACCUCUGCCCGAUAACUCCGAACAGUCGAUAGCGGCGGCGGAGCAGGCAACCCACGGGCGGUCGACGGGGCACGGGCACACGCGGUCCGUGUCGAUGAGGGCCAAGUCUCUCGGUCACGCGCGCCGCGAGAGCAUCCAGCAGCGCCGGCAGAGGCUCGAGGAGGCGGCGGCGGUCAACGACGCCAACGUUGUGGAGGAGACGGACCCGGAGCUGGAGCAGAGCGGACCGUCGUCGGAGCGGCUGGACAGCUCGGAGCUGGCCAAGCCCGUCUUCCUCAAGGGCCUGUUCAGCGUGUCGACAACGUCAGGCAAGUCUGUGCCGGCCAUCAGGGCGGACAUCAAGCGGGUGCUCAAGCAGCUCAGCGUCGAGUACGACGAGAUCAAGGGUGGCUUCAGCUGCCGACACGCGCCCAGCAUCGACCUCGGCAAGGCGCAGCAGCAGCAACAGCCGUCCCCCUACCAAUCGCUGGACCAGCAGUCGGGAUCGAUGAUGAGCCCGACGUCAGCGACGCCGGGUGGCAAGCCGCGGUUCAGCCUGGGCGGCCUCCGUCGCGGCGACGACCGCGACCGCGAUGAGCAGCCCGAGAGGUCACCGACGACGCCUCGCACCCCUAUGCGGCCAUCGAUGACGGCGGAGCAACGGCACGACCAGGACAGGGACAGGGACAGGGACAGGGACAGGGACAGGAGCUACUCCAACUCUGACGCGUCAGUGGACAGCAUCCCGCGCAGGAACACGGGUGGGACGCGUCGUGCCCCCGGAGAGACCAGCACGCAGGUGCAGGCGGACCUGGGAGACAGCAUGGUGCUCGAGUUUGAGAUCUUCAUCGUCAAGGUUCCGCUCCUGUCGCUGCAUGGGAUCCAGUUCAAGCGCAUGGCCGGGAACACGUGGCAGUAUAAGAAUAUGGCGGAUCAUAUACUCAGGGAGUUGAGGUUGUAG